CGAAAAAAAACACAUUUUCACGACUUUUCCUGCGCGGUGGAGUCCAACCACAGGACAGGUAGAGCAGGUGAGGUGUCAGGUUUCAGUUUACUGGCGACUCGACUGAACAUUUCACAAGGUCUCGGCUGAACUCUUUACCCGCACUUCUGCAAAACAGGCUCCUUCAAAAGAAAUGGCACACAAGUACGACGGCUUGUCCCACUGCAGGCUGGCCUUGGUCUUCGCGGUGCUGAUGGACCUCCUGGGGGUGAUCUCCCUGCUCUUGGGGGUCUUCGCCCCCCUGGAGAUCCGCGGACGAGACUUCGGGGAUCUCCUGGUGUACUCGGGGGCUCUGCUGGUGCUGCUGUCCUUGGCGGGCUGGGUGCUGUGGUACAGCGGCAACAUCGAGGGCCUGACCUCCAGGAAGGAGCUGGGGGGCCCCAUGGGCGGAGCCGUGGACCGCCUGGCUCGGUCCCUGAGCAGGAGGAUACGUCUGCCCAGGACACACAGCAGCCCGACGUAGACGCGCGCUUCAAGGAGUGCCACUGCUUCAAAAAAGAAAUUUCAAUACGAGGCUGAAGUGAGCUUCUUCUUCAAAAGGGGCCGAUACUGAUGCUCGAUGCCAGACUGAUAUCGUUCACUUGAAAUGUUACUAAGUAAAAUACAUGUGGGGUGUCCCACAGGGGUCAAUCCUGGGUCCGCUACUUCUUAAUCAUGUACGUUAUAAACAGGAAGUGCUUUUUUGAGGGAUAACUUGCAAAAAUGAACUUGGAGAAAAGCACUUUCGUGUUGUUUGGAAGUCAGAAAUGAGUGUCAGAUUGGAAAUUUGAUAACAGAGAUUGGAAGAUUAGAAAAGUAAGUGAAUCAAAAUAAAUACAAUUAGAAACUAAAUAAGAAAAAAAUAAAAUUAAUAUUUCUAUAUUUUAUUUGUAAAAAUACAGUAAAUAAAAGGGGUGUAACAGUACACAAAAAUGUUGGUUCGGUACGUACCUCGGUUUAGAGGUCACGGUCCGGUUCAUUUUCGGUACAGUAAUGCCUGGUUCACACCAACGGCGCUUUCCGCGCUUUAAAGCGGCGAGCAAAGCGCCGUCAUUUUUGUCAAUUUUUCCACGAAUAUCCCGAUCUCCGAAGUAAUGUUAUGCUUUGAUACGCUCUGAUACGAAUUAGUUGCCGCUUUGUUACCGUUCCUCACGAUUUGAUGCCGCUUUGAUACGCUUUAAAUCGCGCUUUGAUACGUUUUAUUACGCUUUAUUGAACUUUAUUACGCUUUGAUGCGAUCCUGACGCUUUAAAUCAGGCUCUGACACGAUUAUCAAGCUC